AUGGCGGUGCCUACGCAUCCACAGACGUCUCUAAUAGACAUAGACGUUCUAGAGAGAGCUCGUGGAUGGAGCGCUGAGACGGGCAAUGGCUUGAAGGAAGAGAUCUCAAUAAAUCUUGGAGGAGAGAAUAUGAGGGUGACGUGCGACCAUGACCGGGCAUGCGGCAAAGGUCUGUUCUGCGACCGUCAUUUCGGGCUGUGCGUAGCGCUCCGCCACGAAGGCCAGUUCUGUCGCAAAGAUUCUCAGUGUGUCCGCGGUCUGGGCUGUAUGUUCGGGAGAUGCCAACAGAUCAUCCCAGGAGGCCGCGAAGGGUCCCGCUGUCAGCAGGAUGAGGACUGCUCCCCUUCAAUGUGUUGCGCCCGGCACCACGGGGAGAUGAUUUGCAAACGUAAGAUUCCUGCUGGGGAGAGAUGUUUUAUUCCAGAAGGUGGCCUGGCUUUCAGCAUCAACCAGCAAUGUCCAUGUGACGAGGGCCUUGUCUGCAGCUCCAAAACGCCCCUCCGAGAGAAAGAGUUUGUUUACAGUCACAGCUCAGACUGGAAGUGCACGGCCCCCUCGGAGUGAAAAUCCAC